CCCCAUUUGCUCUGUUCCUCUCUUCUCUAUUUUCCCUUGCUUUCCUAUAGAGAGAGAGAGUGAAAGAAGAAGGCAAGUUGCAGAAGACGACGGUUUUAGAUUUUUUUUUACCAAGAUUUUGAUCAUGGCUUCAAAGCAAGUGGUUGAACAACGUAACGCUGAAGAGGCGGUGGCCGCAGCGGCGAAUAAACAGAACAGAGUGGCAGCGGAGAGGAAGAGCCGCCGGGUACUAGGCGACAUUGGGAAUCUCAUCCCUGCUAAUGGGGUUGUUGAAGGCAAGCAGAUUCCUCGGAUUUCUCGACCUAUUACGAGGAGUCUUGGUGCUCGAUUACUCGCUAAUGCACAGGCUGCACAAGCUCAAACCAACAUGAAUUCAUUGGAGGCUAAUGCAAACGAGGCUUAUGCCAAUGCAGCUGUGCCCCAAAAGAGGGUCGUGGCGCGUAGGCCAGCGCAAAAGAGAGUUGUUAGCACCAAACUUAAGCCAGAGGAGAUCAUUGAGAUUAGCCCAGAUUCAAAUGAGGUUACAGUGAAGGAGAAGAAGCUUCUUAGCAAGGAAACCGAGUCAAAGAAGAAGCUUCCUACGCUUACUUCAGCCCUCACAGCUAGAAGCAAGGCUGCAACGAUAGUUGAUAUCGAUGCUCAGGAUUUGGGGAAUGACUUGGCUGUUGUUGAGUAUGUUGAGGAGAUUUACAACUUUUAUAAGUCAGUUGAGAAUGAGGGAAGGGCUCAUGACUAUAUGGAUUCACAGCCUGAGCUAAAUGAGAGAAUGAGAGCAAUUCUGAUUGAUUGGUUGAUUCAAGUUCACUACAAAUUUGAGCUCUCUCUCGAAACCCUUUACCUCACUAUCAACAUCAUUGAUAGAUUUCUAGCAUCCAAGACUAUUUCAAGAAGGGAGCUGCAGUUGGUAGGCAUGGGUGCAAUGCUCAUAGCCUCCAAAUAUGAGGAGAUAUGGGCACCUGAGGUCAAUGACUUGGUGUGCAUCUCGGAUAGAAGCUUCACUAAUGAGCAAGUCUUGUUGAUGGAGAAAAGAAUCCUAGGCCAACUCGAGUGGAACUUGACUGUCCCAACGCCUUACGUGUUCCUUGCUCGCUUCAUCAAGGCAUCAAUGACUGGUCCUGAUGUGGAGAAUAUGGUGUACUUUCUUGCUGAGCUAGGGAUGAUGGACUACGAGAUUCUUGUGCAUUGUCCAUCCAUGAUUGCUGCCUCGGCAGUCUAUGCAGCAAGAUGCGCGCUGCACAAAGCUCCAGCGUGGAACGAGACACUCCAAAUGCACUCAGGUUUCUCAGAACAAGAGCUUAUGGUUUGUGUUAAGAAGCUGGUCGUGCUGCAUGCUUUGGCCGGAGAUCAGAAACUGAAGGGGAUAUAUAGAAAAUACAGCAGCUCUGAGAGAGGGGGAGUUGCACUCUUGUCACCACCCAAAUUUCUUUUGGCUGAUUGAUGAUGAAUGUGAUAUGUUGUUGCCUUUAUUUUGGAAUUGAGACUGUGAAGAUCUUGGCAAUCUCUGAUUGUUCUGUGUAGCGCUCAACAGAGAUUAUGAAAAACUUUAGAAGCU